UUUUAUAUCGAUGAGAGUUGUUGCGGCUGGUUAAUACUUGAUUAAAUGGCUCUAGGGCCUAAAAUGCCUGAAACUCUCCUUCAGAGACUUGCAUACGGGAAAUUAAGGCUUAUUUUUUCUUAACCUUUAAUACAUGUAUGUUAAAAUAACCUCAUUGCUGUGUGUUUAAUCUGUUCAAUCGCGUACAUUUUUACAAAUUUUCGUUAAAAAUGCCGACUGUCGGCGUCAAACGCGACUUGCUUUUUAAUGCUCUUGGUAAUACAUACACUGAUGAUGAGUUUCAGAAGUUGUGUUUCCAAUUCGGUUUGGAAUUGGACGAAGUGACAACUGAACAACAAAUGAUAGCUAAAGAACAGGGAGUUGAACAAACACAAGGAGCUUCUGAUGAAAUCCUUUACAAGAUAGACAUUCCAGCCAAUCGUUAUGAUUUACUGUGCUUAGAAGGUCUUGUCACGGGUCUUUCAGUGUUCUUGGAAAAGAUUCCCGUCCCCUGUUACAAAGCCGUAAAACCAAAAAAUGUACAAAGGAUUACAAUGAAAAAAGCUUGUUUACAAGUGCGAGGGCAUUUAGUGGCCGCUGUGUUAAGAAAUGUUACGAUAACUCAAAGCGCUUAUGAUAGUUUCAUUGAUUUACAAGAUAAGUUGCAUCAAAACAUUGGUAGAAAACGUUCUUUGGUAUCAAUAGGAACACACGAUCUAGAUACCAUUAAGGGACCUUUCAUUUAUGAUGCUAAGCCACCACACGAUAUCAAAUUCAAGCCUUUAAAUCAAGAUAAGGAGUAUACUGGCCAAGAGAUUAUGGACUUGUAUGCUCACCAUGCACAAUUGAAACAGUAUUUGCCGAUCAUAAAAGAUAGCCCUGUCUAUCCAAUUAUUUAUGAUCAGAAUGGAGUUGUUUUAUCAUUGCCACCCAUCAUAAAUAGUGAUCAUUCAAAAAUAACGCUCAAGACUAAAAAUAUUUUCAUUGAGUGUACUGCCACAGAUUUAACAAAGGCAAAAAUUGCUGUUGAUACCUUAGUUUGUGCCUUCAGUGAGUACUGCUCAUCAAAACACGAAGUAGAAGUAGUCGAAGUAGUUUAUCCCAAUGGAACUGUAAGUGACAGUCCUGAUUUAAAAUAUAGGACUGAAAAAAUUAGUAGCAAACGUGCCACAAACUAUGUGGGAAUCCAUCAGUCAUCAGAGGAUGUUGCAAGACUACUAUCUAAGAUGUCCUUGAAAACAGAAGUUUUAAACAAUGAUGACUUGCAAGUGCAAAUCCCUCCCACGAGGCAUGAUGUUAUUCAUGCCUGUGAUAUUUACGAGGAUGUUGCUAUUGGAUAUGGUUACAACAAUAUCAAGAAAACAGUGCCACACACUCCUAGUAUUGGAAAAGAAUUUCCUCUCAACAAACUUACGGAUCAACUGAGGGAAGCUAUGGCAAAUGCUGGAUUUACAGAAGCUUUGACUUUUUCAUUGUGUUCAAGAGAAGAUGUUGCUGAUAAGCUUGGACAUGACAUAAAAAAACUACCUGUAGUCCACAUUUCAAAUCCAAAAACCCUGGAAUUUCAAGUUGGAAGGACAACUCUGUUGUCUGGUCUUUUAAAGACUAUUGUGGCAAAUAGAAAAAUGCCACUGCCAAUGAAGUUAUUCGAAAUUUCCGACGUCAUAUUAAAGGAUCCCAAGGCCGAAGUCGGAGCUCGCAAUGAGAGGCGUUUGUGCGUGGUCUAUUACAAUAAAAUGGCCAGGUUCGAAUUAGUUCACGGUGUCCUUGAUAGGAUAAUGCAUAUUCUUGAAGUUCCGUGGCACAGCAACAAAGAUGAUGAGGGUUAUCAUUUGAGGCCAUUGGAAGAUCCAACCUUCUUCCCUCAUCGUUGUGCGGAAGUUGUAGCAUACGGAAAGAUCAUUGGCAAAAUCGGAACGCUUCAUCCAGAUGUUUUAAAUAAAUUUGGUCUCACUAUUCCCUGUACUUCUUUAGAAAUUAAUAUUGAACCAUUUUUGUAAUUUUUCGUUAUUUUGCUAUAUAAUAUUUGAUCAUCACAGAAAAUUCAAUUGUUCCCUCAUUAUUUUUUGUUAUCUAAUUCAUCAAAAAAAUUCUAAACACGAUUUAUUUUCUUGUAUCAAAUAUAAUUUAUGCACUUGUACAAAGCAUAACAAUAAAAAGGUUUUGUAUAUACAUUCAUAGUGAAUAACAACUUGAAGCAUUUUGAAAACUUAUAAAGUACUUGAGAUUGUUAUUAAAAUAAAAAA